AUGGCAGACAUAGCGAUGUUAAUGGCGGAAGAAUACGAAAAGAUGAUGAAGAAGAUGUCAAGUGAUCAUGAAGAUCUUGAGUUGCUUUCUUCAUCCACAGUGGUUUCUGGAAUGUGGCUGAAGAGGCCUCGUCUGAACAAGUUGGUUCACGAGCCUAAAUCUAAGAUCGGGCUUGCAACCAUUAAUGAGCAACUGUUUCUCAGAUAUAGUGUCGGGAAUGUGGAAUUCAAACCUAUAAAGAAGUUGGUAUUAAAAUUAUCACAACAAAUUUGGUGA